CGUCUCUCCUUUCGCUCGGGUUCCUUCCUCUCAUUUGUCCUUGCUUCCCAAAACCAAGUUCCACCUUUGCGUCGUUCACGAUGUUCCAUUUCAAAAAGCUCUUCGUUUUCCUUCUGGUGUUUGGAUUGUUCAUGCAGAUCGCUGUGACGGAGUCUCUGGAUUCCUCUUCCACUGAUGUCGUCAAUGUUGAUAACGCUUCCAAGAGCGGUGCGCACGCUGAUGGUGAGGGUGGUGCCACCGCUGUGACUUCCACUAAAGAUGUCAACAACGACAACACCCUGGACUCGCUCGACGGCACCGGCAUCGAGAACAAGAAUCAGACCCUGGAUGGAGGAGAGGGUGAGUUCGGGAUUAAAGGGUUCCAAAAUGGUCAAGUGCCGCUGAUCCCGCGCGGUGAUGGAACUGAGGAAAUCGAUGAUCAGGAUGAUGUCAGCGGCCUUGAUGCUCCUGAUGGGUGGAAUGUCACUGAUAUGUCGAACACCACUGAUGUUUCGAAUACCACUGAUGUUUCGGACCCCACUGAUGACUUGGACACCACUGAUGAGCCGGACACCACUGCAUCUGAUCUGGAUACCACCGCCAAUUCGAACAUCAUUGAUGUUUCAGAUACCACCGACGACCAGAGUACCGAGUCAUCGAACCACUUGCCUGGGGCACCGGUGCCGCGUGACGUACUGCCUGACUGGCACAAGUGUAAUUGCCCGUCCGGUCUGACCCAAUGCCACUGCCGGAGAAUUGGUGACCGAUGCUCGUGCUCAAGAUACACAAGCAAAUUGACCCCUCGCGCGGCCACAGACAGCACUGAGUACUCGGACACCGACGAGCAACUGGCCACUGCUAAGGAAGACGAGAAUUGAUUGCUGUGAAUGGUUCCCGGUGAUCUGGGUCGCAAGGCUCGGUACACUGGUCAUGGCAGAUGCAUGCGUGGAAGGCAGACCAAAUGUUCUGUCCGUGUUCGUGCGGGAACUAAACUGGUUUGGUUGCAUCUUGACAUGUUUGAGGGAGGCUAAUGUGAUUGAGUUAUGCUCGAUUAUUUCUUGUUGAGGCCUUAGGACUUUUGUUCCGAGGAUCACUGCCGGAUGAUAUGUUG